CAGACCUCUUUUUUGUAACUGCAGUGUCUUUGAGUGACCAGCACCGCACCUCUCUCUGCCACUCUCUUUUCAUUUUCUUUAUUCUUUCUUUUGGCGUUUCCCCUUAGCGUCUUUUUCUCUCCCACUCUGUUCGCCAGUCGCCACUCUCUGAUGCUCUGAUGCCUUAAAUGCAGCCUCCUCCCCAUGAUCUGUUCUUAACUGUUUUGAUGAUGGGGAGGCUGACCGACCCAUGAACAGACUAUUCUUUACUUGCGUCAACUGAAAAAAGAAAGCAUAGGAUUAUUGAUGGAGAGGCAGAGAAGUUUCUCCUUCAAACCCACCAGAUUCUUGGUAUUCUCUUUCACAAUUUCUUCUUCACUCACUUUCAUCUCAUUCUUCUCCAUCUGGGUCAUCAAAUCCACUCCUUUAAUUUCUCAUGACACUCAUCUCCAUUUCAACAAAGCAUCUCUCAGUUUGCUUCUCAAACCCAUCGGUGCUCAGAACUCCGCUGGGUUCAGUAGAAAUUACGCGGCCAGUGGUUUGAAAGGAUCAAUUCUUAUCGAUGCCCAGAUCUCGAAACCUGAAAAUGUUUCUGGGCUUGCUGAAAUUUCAGCUAAACCUGAAAAUAUUUCUGGGCUUGCUGCUGAGAUUUCAGUUGUUGUGGGGAUUCAGAGAAAGGAAGGUGAACCUGGAGCUGCUGAUGGUGAAAUAGAAGAUAUUGGAGCCAUGAAUGGUAAUUUCUCAACCAGUAAUUUGAGUAUAGAAGAAAUUGAUGCUGUAAAUAGUAAUUUCUCAACUAGGAAUCAGAGUGUGUUUGAUGCUUCAUCGUUCGAGAAUGGUGGGGUUUCAAGUAGUGAAGGAAUUGAAGAGAAGAAGACGAGGGAAUGUGAUGUGACAAAGGGGAGGUGGGUUUUUGAUGGAAGCUAUCCUCUGUACACAAACAGUUCAUGUCCCUUCAUAGAUGAGGGUUUUAACUGUGAGGGUAAUGGGAGAUUAAACAGAGACUACAUGAAAUGGAGGUGGCAGCCACAAGAUUGUGACAUUCCAAGGUUCAAUGCAGCAGAUAUGCUGAACUUGAUCAGAGGGAAAAGACUGAUUUUUGUUGGAGAUUCAAUUAAUAGGAACCAGUGGGAAUCCAUGCUGUGUUUGUUAAUGGGGGCUGUAAAAGAUCCCAGGAGGGUUUAUGAGACUCGUGGCCGGAGAAUCACCAAGGAGAAGGGGAGCUAUAGUUUCAAAUUUGUGGAUUAUAGGUGCACAGUUGAGUACUACGUGAGUCAUUUCUUAGUUCAUGAAAGCAAGACAAGAAUAGGUAAAAAGCGGGUCCAAACAUUGCGAAUUGACGCCAUGGAUCGGGGCACAUCGAGAUGGAAAGGUGCUGAUAUUCUGGUGUUCAACACUGCACAUUGGUGGUCUCAUUACAAAACACAAACUGGGAUCAAUUACUACCAGGAAGGAAACCUACUUCAUCCGCAUCUUGAUGUUUUGACAGCUUUCAGAAGAGCUAUGACGACUUGGGCAUCAUGGGUCGAUAAGCAUAUCAAUCCAGGCAAAACCCAAGUUUUCUUCCGGAGUUCAGCACCCUCCCAUUUCAGGGGAGGUGAAUGGAAUACUGGUGGUCAUUGUAAGGAAGCUACUCAACCCCUUGACGAAACUACUAGGACCAUGUACCCUGAAAAGAAUGUAAUCACAGAAGAGGUUAUAAGGCAGAUGAGAACCCCAGUAACCAUCUUGAAUGUGACUGCUCUGUCAGAAUAUAGGAUAGAUGCCCAUCCAUCUGUAUAUGGGAGAAAAUCUGGGAAAAAGGGCCCCUCAAGUAUUGAAGACUGCAGUCAUUGGUGUCUUCCUGGUGUUCCAGACAACUGGAAUGAAUUGUUGUAUUUUUACUUGCAGCAAUCUGAUCAAAAGAAGUCACACAGUAGACUGAUGUAGUAGUUUUUUUCUUUUCAGCUGAGGACUGAAAACGUUCUUUCAUUUCUUCCCACUUGCCGGUUGGUGUAUAGAAUGUUAAAAUGUAAAUAGUUUUUUCGGUUCAAAUUGAGUUCCCCACUUGUUCUUA